CUGUGCGUCUAAGAAACGUUUCAAUUCUACCAGCCAUGCGAGGACUAAGCCCGUACGAUACCAUCAACCACUGGAAGUAUUGAACGAGGGUGCUAGGAGAGGAACAUCCCGACACGCUGACCAGCAUGGCCAACCUGGCGUCGACGUACCAGAACCAAGGCCGAUGGAAGGAGGCCGAGUCGCUGGAGGUGCAAGUGAUGGAGACGAGCAAGAGGGUCCUGGGAGAGGAGCAUCCCGACACGUUGACCAGCAUGGCGAAUCUCGCUCAUACCUGGAAGAGUCAGGCCCGCCUUGGAGACGCUCUAAGUCUAGGACGUUUGCGAUAUGGGCAUGCGAGGAGCGGGUCAUCCUGAGGGAGAACUGCCGGAGGAGGGAGCGGCUUUCUUAGAGGAGACCUAUUUUUGUUAAAACACCCUCCAAUAUGGCGAGGCUUCAGUUGUGCUUAGAGCAUGAGUCUCACAGCAAUUCAAACUUUGUAUGUGGAUCA